CAUACAGAAUCUCAGUUGAACCUCUUGUUUGUGUGUUUACAGUUGCUGUAAAUGUAAAUCAUAAGAGAUUUCUAAUGUUGUUGUCUUUCAGAUAAGAUCAGUGAUUCGUGUUUGGAUGGAGAAAUAACGUCUUUAUCAUCAAAAGAGCGACAGACGGCACAAACUCUUUCCUGCAUCACCGAUGAAGAGACAUUGAGCUCACAGAGACAUUUAGAUAGAAAUGCAGAACAAAAACUCUUGACCUCCACCAGAUCUGAGAUCAGCUUCACUACCUUACAAAAAUAUAAAAGUCAUCACUCAAAAGUGCACAGAGAGAAGAAGAAGAAGCACUUUCACUGUCAGCAGUGUGGGAAGGAUUUUGGCUACUUAUAUCAGCUAAAAGUUCACAUGAGGACACACAGUGGUGAAAAGUCUUUCUACUGCACUGAAUGUGGCAAAUAUUUCAGCACCAAACAACAUCUUGAUAUUCAUCAGAGAAUUCAUACUGGAGAGAAACCAUACGAGUGUCCUCACUGUGAAAAGAGAUUCAGCCGAAACCAUCAUCUAAAGACACAUAUGCGUAUACACACCAAUGAAAGACCGUAUCAGUGCAGUCAAUGUGACAAAACCUUUAAGUAUUCACGUUCACUAAAAAAACAUCAGAAUAUUCACUCUGAGGAGAAACGCUAUCAAUGUUCACACUGUGAUAAAGGUUUCGGUCAGAAAUUUAAUCUGAUUAUCCAUGAGAGAGUUCACACUGGAGAAAAACCUUACGUCUGCUCUCACUGUGAAAAGAGCUUCUCUGAUUCAAGUAGUUUUAGAGUUCAUCAGAGAGUUCAUACUGGAGAAAAACCAUACGAGUGUCCUCACUGUGAAAAGAGAUUCAGACAAAACCAGCAUCUGAGGACACAUUUGUAUAUACACACCAAUGAAAGACCGUAUCAGUGCAGUGAAUGUGACAAAACCUAUAGGGAUUUAAGUUCAUUAAAAAAACAUCAGAAUAUUCACUCUGAGGAGAAACGCUAUCAGUGUUCACACUGUGAUAAAGGUUUCGGUCUGAAAUAUAAUCUGAUUAUCCAUAAGAGAAUUCAUACAGGAGAGAAACCUUACGUCUGCUCUCACUGUGAAAAGAGCUUCUCUCAUCCGAGUAGUUUUAAAGCUCAUCAGAGAAUUCAUACAGGAGAGGAACCUUACAUCUGCUCUCAAUGUGGAAAGAGCUUCACUCAUCCAAGUAGUUUUGAAGCUCAUCAGAGAGUUCACACUGGAGAAAAACCUUACGUCUGCUCUCAAUGUGGAAAGAGCUUCUCUCAUCCGUAUAGUUUUAAAGCUCAUCAGAGAGUUCAUACAGGAGAGAAACCUUACAUCUGCUCUCAAUGUGGAAAGAGCUUCACUAAUCUAAGUCAUUUUAAAGUUCAUCAGAGAAUUCACACAGGAGAGAAACCUUACGUCUGCUCUCACUGUGGUAAGAGAUUUAAAAAUUCAACUGAGCUCAGAGUUCAUCAGAGAGUUCACACUGGAGAGAAACCUCAUCACUGUACUGUUUGUGGAAAGAGUUUUAGUUAUCGUCAAAGUUUAGUGAAACACCUGAGAACUCAUACAGGUGAAAAACCUUACAAAUGUUCUCAGUGUGAGAAGACGUUUACUAACCCAGAUUCCUUAAAAGCCCAUUUGAGAGUUCAUACGUGAGAGAAACCUUACGGGCCCUAUCAUACACCCAGAGAAAUUGGCAACGCAAGUGCUCUUCACUAGUUUCAACCCAUCGCAAUGAUCAAUUUCACAUUUAGUGCCGCGUUGUUUAAAAAGCAAAUGCAUUUGCGCACAAUUUUGCACCCAUGGGCGUUCUGGUCUGAAAAUGAGCCAUGUGAACUUCAGGCACAUUCUUGGUGCGUUGUUAUUUUGAGGCAACUAAAAUAGACUACGCCAUUGACCAACUAAAACCUGGUUUAAAGUCAAUGGCGCAAUAUUGUUUUUGUUAUUUAAUGAGCGUGUUAGUAAUACGGCACAGUGCGCUUUUGCUUAUCACACCCAUGGAUGCGCAGCAGGACACAACCCUUUUAUAAUAUGAAAAGUUAAAGGAUUAAAAUGUAAAAGAUUAUUAUUGAGUCUCUUGGACUUAAAUGAGGACCGAUUAUGAGAUGUUAGAAGGUGUAAAGAGCUGCUUGACCUGUAGCUUGGUAAGAAAUUGUUUUGCUUUAAACACAUACUUCUGUUUUAAAAUGUUUUUUAAAUGCUACCUCACAAAUUUGUACCUGUGGAUAAGAAACAUUUUUAAGUAAUGCUUUAAAAAAAAAAACAUGGCGCUGUCCGAGUGCUGAAACGGUUCUCUGCAUGUUUGUAAAUUCUUUAUCUUCUGUUUGUUACAAAUAAAGUAUUUUUAAAGUACAAACCUUUUCUUGCAUAUCUGCAGAUUUUAUUACACUGAUUUUGUAAGAUAUCUGUCACAGGGUGACUUA